AUGUCUAUCAGUGAGUUGCCUGAGAAGCGCUUACAGUACCUAGUGAAUCCCCCAUCCGACAUUGUUAAACUCCAAGCGGUGAUCUCUUUCCAGAACAGCAUCAUCUCCUUCUUCAGCCGCGCUGAGUCACCACUCGCCGACUUCGCCCGCAUGCUGGACGUCCAGAACCAAGUUCUUCGCGAUGUAGUCGCCAAUCUCGAGAAAAACAAGGUCGCGGAGGCUACCGAACUCGAGAACCUCACGGCCCAGUUCAAGACCUGGAUGGAGACAUUAUCAAAGAAGUUGGCCAAGAAGUACGGCAAGAGGCUCGCUAUGGAGAUUAUUCAUGAAAUGAACAAGGCUCCUGCGCUCGACGCCUACGGCACCUACGACGACGAUGGCUUAGACGGCGAUGACGGAGCCAACGAUGGCCAAUACGAAGGCGACGAAGUGUGUACCUGGGGCGGCCAGGAAGAGGAUGUUGAGGGUGGCUCGUGGGAUUCCACCGAUACUUUUGAGGGGUCCGGGGUCUUGGACGACGGCGAGGGCGGGUCGUUGUUGGUCGACCUUAUCGACGUGCUUUUUAGCAUGUUCUGA